UUUAGUGAGGGACGGUCAACACAAUCAGCUGUUAAGAAACUGUUUAGAAAGAAGUAAAUAAUCAUGUAGAUCUAGCAUCCAAAGAACGGACUGGAAUGUAAAGGCUACUUGGCAUAGUGCUGAGGUCGCAGAAAAGUGAACCCUGUAUUGAUCUGCCCAAUGGGCUGUAAGCGGAUCCAGACAGUAGUUAUUUACAGAUUAUAGAUGUAAACAACUGGAAUUUAUGAUAUAUAAAAAUUUGUUCACACUAUCAAUGUGAUUAAAUAUGGAGAAAAAACAGAAAUUGGGUCCUUUUGGAGAUUACAUGCCUCAACCACAAAGAGAACCUCUAACAUUUAAUGUAGGUGUAGAAAAACCAGAGCCUCCUACAGAAAAAGUAGUGGACUCUAUUAAAAAGCUCGCUGAAUCUUUGCUAUUUCAUUGGAAAACCUUUCCCAUUAUCCUCCCCGAUUCAAUAACAGAGAAACGAGCCAAUGAAGGAUUGGGAGAUGAACCAUACAUAGGUGUGGUGCAGUUCAAAGAUCUGUUUAUAGCACCAACAUUUGAUGAACUGGAAGCGGUAGCUACAGAUGAAAAUGGGAAGUUAAAGAAAUUGCAAGAGGAUCAGCUCAACAUGAUAAGAAAGAUGGGAGAGUUUGAGGUUGCAAGCAAAAACUUUCAAGGCCAAACACACAGGUGGAGACUGAGCAAAUUGAUACAAAAAGGAUCUGAUAGGACACGAAAUUCUUUGCUUGAGAAUCUGGCUUGCUCUUUGUCAUUGCUCAUCAUAACAGCUCGGAACAGAUUUUGCUCAGAUUUUUUUAGUCUUACCAAAGCACUUCAAGGCUGGUACUCAGGGCUUUACAACUUAUUAGAUCUUUCAAUUGGCUUACCAUCAACUACAGCUGGUGACCUGUGUCAGAAACUCAGAGAAGAGCGCAUGCGUUAUCUUGUUGCAGAAUUAGAUAUAAAGCCAAAUCUGAAGAAAGAGUUGAACACAUACUGUCAGUAUGUUAAAGCUCAAUGUCAUUUGCUGCUUGGAAAUAAACACAAGACAUCAGAUCUGCGACCUCCCCCCAUUCCCUACCGUUACCAGACUCCCAAAGGUCAAGAUAUAGACCUGAGACUUUUUAACAGAGAUUUGAUGAACAACAGUGUAGGGAUAUUGUCAAAUAUUCUUGAUAGACAAGCUAAGGGCUGGCAUGUUCAGAUGAGGAUCAAGUUAAUACGCCACUACCAAGGUCAAAACUUAUCCAAUGAGGAAAUAUCAGAGAAAGUAACUGAAGAAAUAAUGGACCAUUAUUUAACUAAAGUAUUCAAUGCAAUAUCCACCAAUGCUGAACUGGACAUCUUACAGCCAGGUUUAGGUGCACUAUUGGUUAAUCAAGCUAGGUCUGUUUUAGCCAUGAUGAAAGCUAAGCAAAACCUACAAGCCAAAUUGGAUCUUAACAAAGAAAAGUUAUUGAAACAUUUAAAAGACAGAUACCCAAUUAAAUCUCGCAUUAACAAGUGGAUUGAGGAACAAAUGCGAUCAUUUGAGUGCGAUUUUAUUAGACAAAACUUGUGGACUGCACAUGAAGAAGCCAUUAGUCUGUGUGAAGAAGAAGGUUUGGACCAGACUGUCUACUUCCUACGUAGGGAUCUAAAUUUCAUCAAAGAGCGAGAAACAGUGCUGAGAAAAGAGCUGGGCAGAGUGAAGAUCCCAACUCGUGAGUACACAUUCUACACCAGAAUUUGGUUCCCCCACAACUGGAUUGUUCGUCAGUCACACAUAGUUGGCAGAUCAGAUGUUAUCCCCACCGUUAUCAGAGAGACAGAACCCCUUCAGAAAAUUGCGCUUGAUGCUAAUGCAGUUUUCACUGUGCAAAAGAAAACUGAAAGGGUAACCAGCACAAGAUAUCCAUUUUGGAGGUGGUGGAAUUUUAUGCAGCGCUCCUGGAGCAAUACUUGGAAUCUGAUUUACAUGUUUGGGAUUAUCAUACCAUGGUGCAGUCCUGUUGGUUUGAGAGCCUUGUUUUGGCCCACUGCUUUUGUGCCAGAUUUGACACAAUCUCAGUUUGAUGGAUCCUUGUACCCUCUUGUGUCUUCCACCACCCACUCCCUGCUGUCCCGCCUCUGGUCACUGUGGGCCAAUGUCAAGGAAUCUCGUGCCCAGUUUGAGGCGGCGCCAGACAGGGGUUUCCUGGGCAAGAGCUUGACACGUCACCUGAACAGGUUCUGGAAUUACGUCAUCAAGGGAGUUUUUGGAAGUGUCUCCAUUGUGCUGGUCUUCCCAGUGAUGUGUGUGACAGCUUCCACUCUUUCCUUAGCUGCUGCCAUCAUGGCACCUGUUUGGGUCCCUGUGAUAACUCUAGUAGCUCAUUUGUUUUUCUUCUUGAUCUGGGAUGUGGAUAACCCUGGACCAGAGAGGAACAGGAUAUGUAUACUGUUGGAGGCUGUUCUCUGGAACAUCAUUUGUCAGGGCUGUAUACAGCCUGUGUCUGCACUGUUUGUGGGUGCUUUGUUGUGCCCCUUGUCUGCUCUCUCUAUAUUCCUAUUUGGAAUACUGCGCAGUGGUUUUAGAAACUUCUGGGAUACAGCAAUGUUCCACAUCAUCAUCAAAAACCGAGGCAGGGUACCUUCCAGUGAUGGCUUUGUGGCUAGGAGAAUUUCAGGUCCUGGCCUGGCAUCCAGCUAUUUUUACCAGAUCCAACCAGAGCAAGCCAUGGCAGCCGUGGAAGCAAGGCUGGAACAUGAUGAGCUGGAUGCCUGGAAGAAACAGAUCCUCUCAGUCAUUGAGCAGCCAAAAGAAGUUUACAAAAAAUUUGUAGAUGAGUGCUUCAAGCCUUUCUCAGCCAGCAUAUGUGAGCAUGGUGUUUAUUUACAGUUGUGUAAGGAGACUUCGCAGUACAUAUCAGACCUAAACAUAAAGGUUGCAGAAAGAGAAGUCAAACUCUACACUGGCCUGAAUCCAGAUUUACAGAGAAGGAUUAAGCUUCCAGAAGCUGAUCUAAAGUUGACUGUUGCAUAUACAGCAAAGUUGCUGGAAGAGUUUUAUUACGAUCAUGUGAUUGUCCGAUUAGGACUCAGUGAGGAGGAAUUCUGGGAUAUAUUGGAGCUGGAGUUUCGGGAUUGGAGAGGUUUCGCAGCCAAAAAAUUGAAAGAAAUUUUCGCCUCAUCUUUCAUGGUGCCAUUGGAAGAAACAGACAACUAUUUUCAGCUAAAGGUCAACCAUAUGAAUAUGAAGCGUUACACUGAAAUGCUGUCGUCAUCCAACUUUCAUGAUGAUUUGGACCUUGUUGUAGAGCUACAUACACCUGAAGGGGACGUCAAUGUUCUUCCUCCUCAAUUGGAUGUCGUCUGCUUUGAUCCCGCCCAGCAACAGCCCUCCAGCACUUUACCGUCGACGAGUCUUAGGUCACAAGGCUGUUUCCCGACCAGUGGUUUACACUGUGUGGAGUAUGACAAGCUGGAGGUGGCGCUACCUGUACCACACCCUGCACACAUUGCUAUAGCUAUUUAUAACAGGGAAAAUGAUCAAGAGCCAAUAGACAUGAAUGACAUGAACUGUGUUAGAAUUGUGAGGGCAACGAAAGAAGUUCCUUACAUAGAUCUGAACGAGCUGAGCAGCAUUGGACCUUCCAACACUGAGGUCAGCACCCCCGAUAACGCCACCACAGAAUCCAUAACUGUCACAUCCCAUUUAGCCAUUCAAGAAAGAUCUUUCUCUGAUGAUGCUGUCAGCAAGCAUUGCCAGAGUUCCUCUGAAGAGAGCCCGCUAGCAUUCCCUGAGAGUGAGAACAGCUUGGAGAAGGAGGCUAAGACGGUGUACUACGAGGUGGAGAAAGAUACCAGCUGCGUUCUGAAUCUCUCUGACGACAAAGCUUGAACAUGUUUUUUUAUUUUUUUUUCUCAAAGUGCAAUUGAUCCUUAUGUCCAUGUGAGCACUGUGUUUAGUGUUUUUGAUUCAUGUUUGGCUUCCUCCUUGUGCCUGUCUAGUACUUCAAGGUUGUGAUGGCACCCAGUCCUGCUUGCCUGUUAGAUUUUACUGUUUUAAAAAAAAAAAAAGUUAUUCUAUUUAGUACCCUCAAAAAGACAGCUGUUUCAUUCAUUCAAACUUUUAGCAUCCAUAUUGAAAUGAAUGUGUUUUAUAAUGUAGUUUCAAACCUCUGCUACUUUGAACAAAAUCAUGGUAACUUGUAAGCUCCCUCUGUCUGUGGGUGUCAUCUAGCAAUCAUAGUCAUCCCUUAUGGUGCAUCAAUCUGUCCAACAGAUGCACAUAUUUCUGCACAUCAAUGGUCAUUAUUUUUCCUAGAAUUAUCUUUUUAAGUCUUAACAAAAUAAUACUUCCAUUAUUAGAAAUUAUUUCUAUUUCAUGUUAUGAGAAUUGUAAACAAGUCAUUGUUUGGAAAACAAUUCAAUUCUUAUUUAUUUGUCCACCAGGAAAAAGAAAACGCAGCAUUUCCAUUGUACUAUAAUUAGUAACCAGUGUAUCCCUGCCAGAAUUAGGUCACUGUAUUGUUGUUAAACAAAUCUGGAAAAUUUUACUGAAUUUUAAAAAAUGUCUAUUUUAAUCGUUCAUUCUUUCAUUGAUGCAAUUAUUUUUGUUUUAAAAUCUGUAUGAAACAUCCCUGUUGUAUUUUGUAAGGCGACCCAGGUAUGAUUACAACAAACACUGGAGGAUGGUGCUAUCAUUUCACACUCUUAUUUUUCUCUCUACAUUUUGUAUUGCAACUGUGCUUUAGAAUAUUUUACAUUCAAUCAUUAUGCAAAUGUGCAUGUUUUAAUUAAUUUUUACAUAGAAGCUAACUCAAUCCUGUAAUUAAGUAAAAUACUUUUUAUGCCUUAAUAUUAUGUAGGUGAGUCUUUCUUUGUAGACAAUUGGAUACAAAAUGACUUAAAAUCCUGGUAUAUAGAAUUGUUGGAUUGAUUUGACAAAAUACCAACUAAUGAGAUUUUUUAAAAACUUCAAUUGAUAGCAAUGCAUAAGAUUAAGCUUAUUUUACUCAGAUGUCAAUGAUCAAAUGUUUUUUAAGGCAUGUUUUAUUUACUGAUGAGAUUGGUUUUUGUUUUACCACUAAUUUUUUCUAAUGUCGGUUGUCUGUUCAGUUAAGGGCUGUAAUUACUUGUACUUAUAUAAUUCUUAUGAAAACCAAUCCCAUCCAUAUAUUUUUUAAAGAUAGAUAACCUCUGGCUCAUUGCAUAAACCAAAGCAGUUUUUUUUAAAAUUACCUUAAAGUAACUCAGCAGAAAAAAUUUUAAAAGUUGCCCACCUAAAACUUGAUUUAUACUUAUUUAAAUAUAUUUAUGUAAACAUCUUUACCAUAGCAAUAGUGAAGCUUGCUUGGACAGUGUUGGCUCCACCCAUUAAGUUGAUCGAUAUAAUUUUUUCUAUUUGUAUAACAUUACCAUAGCAGUGAAAGGCUUGUAAUGACAGCUGGUGCCGCCAAAUAUUUUUCUCAAGCUCAGUGCUGCUCAAAUUGACAGUUGGUUUACUCACCAAGCUCAUUUAGCAUCCAUUUGUCUUCAUAAUUUUUUAUGGUAAAGCAUUCAUCAUAAUUAUAAAUGCAUAAAGUUUUUUUCUCUUAUGAAACAUUAAAAUUAGCAAUAAUCAACUUUAAUUAGAAUUAGUCGCUUUAGAUAAGCAUGUUUUUGUGUGCUAAUAAUACUUGUGACUAAAAUUGUUGCAACGUUAGAGCCCAUGGCUUUCAAUGCAAUGAAUAGAACAAACUAAAACAAAAAACUAAUAUGACUAACUUAUGAAAAUGCAGUGCCAAUUCAAGUGUUCAAUGCAACAAAAAAAGUAAUUUAUGGGAGCUUUAGUUGCUGUAUACAUUAUGUGAUGUUUAUGUCAUCAUAAUUUUUGUUUUAUAGCUGGGGUUUUUUAUAUUCAUUGCCCAGAGUCUUCCUUUUGUUUGAAUGUAAAAAAAAUUUGCUUGUUGACAUUGUUUCAUUUUUGUUGUUGUUUUUUUGUUUAGCUUUUCAAAGCUAAAAAUAUGUUUAUAUAUUUUGCUUUGUUGUACUGAGUAAUUAUAAUUUUCAAUAAUUUACAAGCUUACAAGAAAGAUUUGAUCUAGCUUUACUAACUAGCAUUGCUGUAGUCACAUUUCUUGCAAAUUGGAGACAUGAGCUUUAGAAAAAAAUGUGCAAUACUUUAGUGCCUAAUACUGUUUUCUUUUACAUUUUUAAAUGAGUUUUUUUUGUCUAUAUUUACUAAAAUACCCAUUUAUUUGUAUUAAUAUCUGUCAGAAUACGUGUUUUAGCUGCCUAAUAUAUAUAUACAUAUAAUUAUAUAUUUAGGCUAAAUAUGAAACUCAAACUUUACUAGUUUUUAGAUAAAUGUACACAUGAUAUUCUACCUUUCACUAUUGAUAAAAGAGAAGUAUUUUUAAACAUUAAAAUCUCAUUGCUGGCAUUUUAGGUACCGCUUUUCCCUUUUAAAAAGGAGCUCUGAUAUUAAAAAUUGAUACACCAUUGAAAUAUUCUGUCACAUAAUUUUUCUUUCUCAUAACAUAAAGGUUUCUAUGAAUAUUUUUCAUGUUCUAAAUGUGGUAAUUGUCUUCAUAUUUUUUACUGAUUUUUUAAAUGUAAUUUUUAUAUUUUUGAGCAGUAAUCCAUAACAUUUCAAGCUUAAGGAUUAUGAUUACUGUACUAACCAUUCUUUUGUUGUUUUAUAAACCAGGAGAAUUUUUCUCUGAAUUUUUCAAGUCUUUUAGAUGGUUAAUGGAAUAUUCAUUUAGAUUUGAAAACUGCUGUUUGUGAUGAAACAAAAUGCAAUUAGUUUUGCUUUGCUCUUGUAAAAAAAAAAAGGAUUUUUUGUUGUUUCUUUUUCAAAUGAAUGUGUGAUAUCAAAGUUUGAAUACUAUGACUACUACUUACAAUCAUGGGAUAUAUGUUUCUUUUUUUUAAAAUGCUUAAUUAAAACAAUUGGACAGAAAGCUGCUAACCAGCUCUUAACUGACGACAAAUGUAUCUUUACUAAAUUAUUGUGUUUAUAGUUUAUGAUAAUCAACAUGUCACUUCUGAUUGAGCUUCACUCACACACUACAUGAUAUGCCAUUUCUGCACAUUAUUUUUUUCAAGUUUUGCAAACGAGUUUUUCAGACCAUCAUCUGCAGAAGAAAAAUUAGUAUUUUGUUUUCAACAAAAAAUCUAUCUUUUUAAUCUCUUGCUCAGCUUGUCACAGGAUUCAAAAGACCACCAAUUUGAGAUUUUUAAAGACUAUACAGUUACUGUUUAUGUAUUGUAAAAACAAUCAUUUACACUAAAUUUACAAUCAAUUUCUUAAUUACGAAUAAUUGAAUGCAGCCCAUUUAUAGUACAAAACUUCCCACAAGUUUGAAUAGUUUCUUAGGUUUUCAAGUAGAAAAUUUCCACUUCCCAACCUGAAUUGGCUGAUUUUAAUCUAGUAAAGAUUGUGUUUUGCAGUGUGAACAUAUUGACAACAAUAAUUUUUCACCCUAGAAUAACAAAGUUCUAUGUGGUAAAUUUAAUAAAGCCAUUAGAACCUUGUGAUUCUAGGGUGGCAAGUUAUCAAAUCUAACAGUUUUUCUUUAGAUCAGUUCCCAAUGUUUAUACAAAAUGGCACCAGCUGUAGUAAUUGAGACAAGAAAUACUCUAGUCUCAGGUUUAAUAUUAAACAACUGAAACGAAUGUCGCCAAUUAGACAACUGCAUGCACUGGUGGUCGUUCAAUCAAAAUUACUUGUUAUAUUUUUAUUUUAUUAAAACAAAAUGGUUGGUGUGAAACAUUUUUAAACAAUAAAACUGCACAUGCUCAA